CUGCAAUCAACGAGGGUGGAAAGGCCCCCGCUCUAGCAACAGCCCCUCAGCAAAAACCGCCCUCUCCUGCCCAUUCCACCUGCUUCCCCGCCACGCCCUGCUCCGCACCAUGUGUGCGUUACCCUUCUGCAGCAGCACACUAAGUCGAGCCCACCACCUCUCCACUGCUGUCUCGCGGAAAAACUCCACGUCGCCCUCCUCCAUAUGGACAGAUGGCCGCAUGUGCCGGGCCAUACGGUUGAGAAGAGCAGCCGCCUCAUCCCCCCACCGUCCGUAGCUCUCCGCCGACAGUGGGAUGAUGGUGAAGUUGCUUGCUCUCGCCUCUGUGCCGUAUUUGCUGUGCUUCCUGUCGGCCGCGUUGCGCAGCGCUUUGCCGUCCUCUGCUCCGUUCUGCCUGUUGGUAGCCGCGUGGUAUCUGUUGGUGAAGGGGUCGGGGCGUGUGGGGUGGGCGAUGGUGACGUCGCCGAGCAUGCCUUUUUCCUCCUCCACCCAGUAAAGGUCGAUCCGUUUGCCGUCUGAAUCGGUGGUGGUCGGGUACACGCCCAGACGCGCCAGGUUGACCUCUCGGUCGACGGCGAUCCGGACGCUCCUGAUGAUGCGUCGCCACUCCUUGCACAGCAGGUCGUGCCGCCAGAUGCGCUCGUUGCCUGUGCCGCAGCAGAGGAGGUGGUCGCCAUAGGGGUCCAGCUGAGUGCCGCACGAGCAGAAGUCCGAUGCGAGUGAAGGGUGUUGAACGGCGGGGGACAUGAAGGGAAAACCGAUAAGGUUUCCUGGGACACGCU